GGUGCUAGAUAUGAAUUGAUUGAUCCAAACAGGAGUUCCCCUUGUAUAAAACCUAAUUCAGCUUUCACUGGGAUUUUGCUUCUGAAAAGAAAAGAGUGUGAGGAGAACCCUAUUUCAAACAAUGGCUCUGGAAAGCAGUUCUGUCACCUCUGAAAACUCGGGAUCAAGCAGGCCCAUCAAUCUAAUCUGGGGAUGCCAACUGAACAGCAAGAACCCUUCCUUCACAUUCGAUGCCCCAGAGGACCCGUCAUAUGACCAGGAACUAAAUCUAAGAACGAUCUGCCUAGGAGAAAAUGCCAAGGAUGAAUUCAACGUUGUGGAGAUUGUACCUCCAAAGGAUAGCAAGGACACAACUCCGGUGCACUUAGCAACCUUGAAACUUUCUGUGCUUCCAAUGGUUGCCUUGACUGGGCUUGAAUUGAAUCCUCCUGUGACAUUCAGGCUCAAAUCAGGAUCUGGACCAGUCUAUCUCGCUGGACAACAUCUAGCUGCCGACCUGCCAUGGAAUGAGGAAGAGGAGGAUGAAUCAUUAUCAAAGGAAGAUGAAGACUUGGAGGAAUCUUCCAAGGAAGACUCGCCUGUCAAAUUUACAAAGAAGGCACCUGCUAAACGUACUUCUGCAGCCACGAAAGAGAAAGAGCUGCCUGUUCAGGAGAAGCCACAGGAGAAAAAGGCAACCAGAGGGAGAAAACCUGCUGCAAAAGGAGAACUGAGGGUAUGAGUCCUGGUUGAAGAAACUGAAAGAGAAGUCUUGGAGCUACUUAGCAUUAGUAGAAAUGAAUAAAAUGCAUGUGUUAAUUAA